AUGGGGUUAACCAAGGAGGACAUCCUGAGGAGGUUAGUUCGAAGUCGGUCGGUAAGGGAGGAUUCAGGUGCCGUAUGGAAAAGAGAUGACGGGGACGGAGGGGAGUAUGUAGGCGAGGGUGAGGGUGGUGCGGUGUCGGCUGUUGAAGUUACUGCUAUGGAAUUAGUGUUUGGGCAGGCAUGCCCUCGGCCAUGCCCUGGCCAUGUGGGCGCCAGCUCCAGCCCCCCCCCUGCACUGGGCGGAAGGCAGCAGCAGUUCAAGUUCCUGGACUGGCUGAUCGGCGGCUGCGUCGUGGGCGCCAGCUGCGGCGCGCCUGCAGACCGCCACGUAGAGUAUGAAGGGUACGACGGAUGGUACAACAACCUGGCCAAGCCCAGCCAGGGCGCUGUAGACACGCCGCUCCUGCGCCUCCUGCCCCCCGCCUACGAGGAUGGCGUGUACCAGCCCGUCAGCAGGAAGGCCAACCCCCUUGAAGUGAGCGAGAAGCUGAUGCGCGGCCAGAACGGCAGGAUGUCGAAGGGCGGCCGGACAGCCUUUCUCCUGUUCUUCGGUCAGCAAGUUGUUGAAGAGAUACUUGAUGCGCAAGGCCCUGGCUGCCCGCCCGAGUACUUCAACAUCGACAUCAAGAGUGACCAUGACUUUGCGAGGAGCCCCAAGCUCAAAGUUAUGCCACUUCUUCGCACUCGCUACGACAUGACCACAGGAUUCUCCCCCAAUAACCCCAGACAGCAGCUGAAUGAGAUCACGCCAUACUUGGAUGGCGGCCUUGUGUACGGAACCAGCAAGGGCUGGGCGGACGCACUCAGGACAUUCGCGAACGGCUCGUUGGCUCCAGAUGGCCUCCUAGCCUGGCAUGACCAGCUAGGCGAAGGGUUCCCUGCUGAGAACGCGCAGCGCCUCCCAUUGGCCAACCCGCCGCCGCCCACCAACCACUCCAGCUACGUCACGCAGCAGGAGACGGCGAAAGUGGACCGUUUCUUCAAGCUCGGAAACCCUCGCGGCAAUGAAAACCCCUUCUUGCUGACCUUCGGCGUCGUGUGGUUCCGAUGGCACAACCACGUCGCCAGGUACCUCAGGAGUGUCCAUCGUGGUUGGUCGGGUGAGAGAAUAUUCAAUGAAGCUCGUAAGUGGGUGAUCGCAACAUACCAGGCAGUGGUGUUCUAUGACUGGUUACCCAGGUACAUGCACACGUCCCUGCCUAAGUAUCAAGCUUACCGGCCCACUGUAGACCCCCAAGUGAGCCACAUCUUCCAGUCCGCCGCGAUGAGGUUUGGCCAUACACUGGUAACCUCUGGAGUGUACCUGCGGGAUAAGAACGGACAAGGCUGCACUCCACUGCCCUUUGAGUUAACUGCGCCUGAUGGCUCCUCGCAGCGCCGCGUUGUGGGUGUCAGGACAUGUAAUUCUUUCUGGAGAUCACCGGAACUCUUCACCCGAGACCCUGCCAACUUUGAGCGGUUCUUGAUGGGCCUCAGCAGCCAGAGCACUGAGGAAGAAGACAACAUAAUAGUCGACGAUUUGCGCGGCCGGGUGUUUGGCCCGCUGGAGUUUUCUCGACGAGACCUGAUGGCCAUCAACAUCCAGCGCGGACGCGACCACGGCCUCCCCGACUACAACACUGCCAGGAGGCACUUCGGGCUCGCCACGCUCGACUCCCUCGACGUGAAGGAAUACAAGCAAAAGACGGGCACCCACGUCGAGGACCAGGUUCUGACGUCACUGCGGUCCCUUUACGACGACGACCCUUCCAGCGUCGACAUCUGGCCCGGUGGACUCCUGGAGACGCGGAAUGGCCCUGGACAACUCUUCGCCAAAGUGAUCUUGGACCAGUUCGAAAGGAUACGCGAUGCCGACAGAUUCUGGUUCGAAAACAGCAAAUCCGAUUUAUUUACCCAAGAGGAAAGGGAUCGUCUUGGGCAGGUGAGAAUCAUCGACGUGAUCCUCUCCAUCACGGACCUCGAGCCGUCCGUCGACAUCCAGGAGGACCCCUUCACGGCCGUGCAUCAGGCCAACGGUGUCGGCGACACGUGUGCGGAGCAGCUGUCUGUUCCCAGAAGCUGCACACUGCAUAACAACGUCACCACAACCUGCAAGUAUCUGCCUCAGAUUUCGGACUCGAACGCCGAAGAGUGCACGAAGCCCGAGACCUACGACUACUUCUCAGGAUCUGAAGUGUCUUACAUUCUCGUACUGUUCUUUUUGCUCGGACUUUGUUUUGCGACUGUGGUUGUUGUGAAGGUCAUGGCUGUUAUGAAAGUAAAACGCCACACCAAGAAGGCAUUCUCGUCGUUCAAAAUCCAGGAAGGUUCUCACAAAGCAAAAGAGCGCGUGACUCUAAGGGAGAGCCGGUACGUUGUAGUCCGGCUGGAGCAAGAGUCGCGUCGCAUCGAAGUGACCGGGACGGGGCAAGAGCGAUUGCGGAUUAUCGAUCUCAGCAAUGUGCAAGAGAUGAAGGUUCGUCACCUCCAGGAUUUCACACAGAUGGUAAUCUGUGUGUCUAACCAUUAUGACCUGUUUCUGAGUUUCCAAGAUGGUUGGCAUGCAAAGAGACUUCACAAGGAGUUGACUGAAUUCUGCCAAAACCUUGGCAUAAAUUUAACUCUGAGCCCAGAGUCCAAGACUUCGCUACAAUUUGGCAUAGUUACAGUCAAGCAGAGGGAAAAACAGCUGGCCGAUUUUUCGAGGGUUGUUCUGUCCAACGCAUUUGGGUCCAGCAAGCAAGCCGACGUGGCAGCAAACCUAAUUGCCAUGGGUAGUCACAACAAAAAUUACUUCCUAUCCAUGGAACUUACGCAGGUAGAACUCGCUAACCAACUUGGGAUGUUACCUGACUCCGUCUUCGUUAAACAGCUCUUCCGGCUGAUGGACCAGGACAGCAAUGGUUUCAUAACGCUUAAAGAAUUUUGGGAUGUGAUGGUUGUGUUCGCUCGUGGGAAGCCAGAGGAGAAAGCUAGGCUCAUCUUCAACAUCUACGACAUCUCCCGCACAGGCCAGCUGUCUGCGCCGGACUUGGUAGGCAUGGUCAGGUCUACCCUGGGAAGCGAAAGCAAGAACCAGGACCUCAACCACAUCGUGCAGACGAUGCUGCACUCCGUUGGCGUCAGCGCUGACCAGCCCAUCAACUUUGAACAGUUCCAAAAGAUAUUCAACACAAGGAGUGACGUCUUUAAUCACGUUCAGAUUGAUGUGCUGGAAAUGUCACGUAAAAGUAAUUCUCGCUUCAGCCUCUACGAUGAGAUCCCUACAGGAGGUUUCGCUGCCGAGGCAGCUCGGAAGGAGUACGACGAGGCUCGCCAGGAGGUGCUGACCCAGGAGGAAAGUGAUGAAGUUCCAAAGGACAAAUUGUGGUUGUGUGUCGAGCUGUCCGAGAGCUUUCGGUCCAUCGUGAACAACAUCAAGAACAAGCAACAGACUCUUUUCUGGGGAACAUUGUAUACUAUCGUAAUGCUGCUCAUAUUUGCCGAGAGGGCCUAUUAUUACACCAUAGAGCGCGAGCACGCCGGUCUCCGCCGCAUUGCCGGUCUGGGGGUCACCGUCACUAGAGGAGCUGCAUCAGCCAUGAUGUUCACUUACUCCACGCUCCUAGUCACAAUGUGCCGCAAUGUACUGUCAUUCCUACGGUCAACAAUGUUGCAUCGCAUUUUUCCAUUCGACAAUAUGGUGGAUUUUCACCGAUACAUCGGAGCCUGGGCCCUGUUCUGGACGCUGGUGCACAUUAUUGGGCACUGCAUCAACUUCUACCACAUAUCCACGCAGACAGCCAUGGACCUGGCUUGUAUUUUUAGGGAUUUCUUUAGGGGUACUCACGUGUUACCCAAGUUCCACUACUGGUGCCUGCAAACCAUCACGGGCCUCACGGGCGUCCUGCUUACCAUCCACACGCCGCUAUACGUUUUGCGUUUUUUUGCACGGCGGCAUUUUUCGGGCUCUUCUGGCUCCCCCCAACACCGUAUUCUUUUGGGUCAUGGUUUCCUGGGUCUGGCAGCUCAGACAACCAAAAAAAUGAUAUUUGCUCUAUGUUUACAUCAAAGGUGGUGCCAGAUGACAAAAUGGAACCAUCAAGUGACUGAAUUAACCCCGCAACUAUACUUGGAAGGAUCAAAGCACACAAAAAGAGAAGUUCUCCCGGGUCGCAAAAGGAAAAUCUUUUUCCGCAUGAAUGUACGCGAGCACGCCGGUCUCCGCCGCUUUGCCGGUCGGGGGGUCACCGCCCUAAGGAGCUGCAUCACCAUGUGUUCACUUACCCCACGCCCUAGCCCACAUGUGCCGAAAUGUCAACAAAUUUUCUGCAUUUUUCCAUUCGACAAUAGGUAUUUUCACCGAUACUCGGAGCCUGGCCCUGUUUUGGGCGCGGGGCACAUUAUUGGGCACUGCAUCAACUUCUACCACAAUCCACGCAGACAGCCAUGGGCCUGGCUUUGUUUACCCAUUUUUCCCCUACGGGGCCUGCAAACCAUCACGGCCCCCACGGGCGUCCUGCUUACCAUCCACACUGCCGUCAUAUACGCUUUCGCGUAUUUUGCACGGCGGCACUUCUUCUGGCUCUUCUGGCUCACACACAACACGUACCCUGUCUUCUAUGUGCUCAUGGUCUUCCAUGGGUCUGGCAGACUCGUACAGCCUCCAUUCUUCCACUUCUUCUUCCUCGGCCCCUGCCUCCUCUUCGUCCUCGACAAGUUGGUCUCCUUCUCGAGAAACAAAAUCCAGAUUGACGUGAAGAGCGUUACGCACUUGCCAUCCAACGUGACUCUGCUCGAGAUCCGGCGUCCCCCGAACUUCAGCUUCCAGUCGGGGCAGUGGGUUCGGAUCGCCUCCCUGGGCAUCAGCAGCAAGGAGUACCACCCCUUUACCCUGUCCUCGGCGCCCCACGAGGAGAACCUGACGCUGCACAUCCGCGCCGUCGGCCCCUGGACGCACAAGCUCAGGAAAAUCUACAAGGACAAAGCCACCAUGCAGAAGGGAGAAAAGUUCCCACAAAUAUACAUGGACGGGCCCUUUGGCGAGGGACACCAGAACUGGUGGGACUACGAAGUCGUGAUAUUCGUGGCCGGGGGGAUCGGCGUCACGCCCUUUGCUUCCAUCCUGAAGGACAUCGCCUACAAGCUGGAGCACUCCAAGUAUCUCAAGACCAAGAAGGUAAUUUUCCUGUGGACAACGCGAAGCCAAAAGCAGUUUGAGUGGAUGACGGAUAUCCUACGCGCGGUAGAGGCGGCCGAUAGGAGAAACAUCAUUCGCACGCACGUCUUCAUCACGCAAUUCAAGAGCAAGUUCGACCUUCGGACCAUCAUGCUUUAUCUGGCCGAGCGGCACUUCCAGAAGAUCUCGGGCACGUCGCUCUUCACAGGUUUGCGGGCCAUUACUCACUUCAGCAGGCCAGAUUUCACCGCCGUGUUUGCAUCCAUAAAGAAGAAAUAUGGGAGCAUGUCAUCGGUUAUAGGCGUUUUCACGUGCGGCAGCCCCAACCUGAGUCGCGCCGUGGAGCAGAGCUGUCAGGCGAUCAACCAGGAAGAGGGGCCCCUCUUCAGACACUACUACGAGAACUUUUAAUCAGCUGGCCACUACUGUGCUCACAUUUUAUACAACUACAGAAUAAUAGAUGGCAAAUAAGUUUUAAAAAUGGGGAUUAGUUCUUUGAACACUGAUUACUGGAUGUUGUUUCCCAAGGGUUUUAUAGCUACACCACCCUUAAAUUUGUUAUCCUGAGCCUCAAUGGCAACAUUCAGAAAAAGUAUCCAUACUCGUGCCUCUCGGGCCUCGAUCAUAUACCAGGAAGAGCUGUCAGAGAAAACCUAAAUAUGAAUUGAUGUUACGAAUAUUUUGUUUGUCACCUUCAGUUAAAUUACCUACAAAAUUCAAAGUCCAUCUGAAGCCACUUGUAUAUCUUGAUUGUACUAACAAAAAUGUAAUAUCUUCGUGAUGUAAUGCUAAACUGUAAGUGUAUAUUUUAUUCUUUUCAUAGCAAACGUCUCCUUAACAACAUUGCUGUGUAAUAUGAAAAUUAUAUUGGGUGACUGUCAAUCAUUAUUACUCACGCACCAGAUUUUUCAAGUAAAACAGAAAGUUCCGUGUGUCUGGCAGGUGUCUUGCAUCUUCGGUUCAAGUAUUGUGGCUUUGGAAUAAACUAAUACGUUUUUAA